AUGCGUUCUACACUCUUUCGCUAUGUGUAUUUUUGGAAUUGCAUAGGCUUAUGUUUAAUUAUUUUAUUAACUUCUGCCAGGGUUUCCUUCUCCAAUAAAGACAGCGCGAUAGCUAGACGCACAGUAUUUUCAAAAGUAAUAUUUCCUUCGGCAUAUUUUGACCGAAGUUCUUUGUCCAGCUCAGGUAACCCUACUCCUAAGAUGAAAAUAUCUCGUAAGAGUUCAUCAACCGGCGAUUUAAAAUUACAUAAAGAGCAAACGCUUUAUAAUUUGAUUGAAAAAUCGAUAAUAAUUUCACUGCCUCUUUUUAAGGAUCCACAAUAUUCUGAUGCAGAAAAAGCUUACGCAUUCACGCAAAAAUUACCUGAAGAACAAUACUUUAAACUAGAGGCAAUAUGUACUCCAACAGAAUUUUGCAAUCCGUUAAUCGUUCUUGAAAGAUUCAAACUAUUACACCCAGACAAAUCAAGGAGACACAACGGAAAUAAAACAAAUAGAAAUGCAGAAGAUAAUCAAGCGGAUACGGAUAGAAGGAUGAUAAAAUACGAUGAUCGCAAUAGAGGGAUAGAUGCGCAAACGAAUAACGUAUACAGAAGUCAAUGGAAGCCUAGAUACGACAAUCAUCAUAGAAAUAAUUAUCAAGGGAAUAAUUUUAAUCCGCUUUUUCAAAACAAUUUCAAUCCACGAUAUCAAAUUAAUUUUAAUUCGAGACAUGCAAAUAAUUAUAACCAAGAUAUCGAAACAAUUAUAAUCCUAGAAUAUUAUAGACAUCAGAACGAAUCAAGAUACAUACCAAGAUACAAUAAUAAUCGAAAAAAUAAUCAGUCAUACAACAACAUAUGUAAAGACAAUAAUAAUAAUCUAUCCAGAUAUUCGAAUAAUAUAAAUACUAUCGAUAUAGAAGAAAUAAAAGAGGAUAAUAAUGAUAAAAAGGAACACAAUUUAUUUAACGUUGAUGUGAAUAAUAUGGGAGAUGAUGACAAGGAAAAUGUGCUUAUAAAAUACUUUAAUGAGAUACCGAUAGUCAUGCAGAUCGUCACCGGGUCUUUUCAAUAUUGCCCAUUAAUAUUGCAAGAAAGAUAG